AUGUUUAAGGCUCAACAGGCACUCUACGGAACCCCGAGAUGGACUUCUGACUAUGGCUGCUCGAAAUGCUACAUCAAGGGCAAUCGCAUCGAAAGAAGUCGCGUGUGGAUUGCCGGCAAUGAUGAAGAUGAACGCAUGAGAAGCCGAGAAUCUUAUGAAAUUGACGGCGAGCUGGAGCAGUACGGAAUAAAAAAAACGCCAGCCAUGCGACUUAUCCCACCCUGCGAUUUCAUUGGCGAUGCCUUACAUGUUUGCUCAGAAGGAGUCACCCGCGACAGAUUAAGAGUUGGCAGAAGCAGUCUUCCCCUUGACGGCUGCUGUAGGAAUCAUCCCUUGCCCAGUAGCAGCAACAGCGCUGCUGGGUUACUGGCUGUGCGUGAGGGUUAUCUCAAAGACUCACACACUUACACUGAAAGGUUUUGGCGAGGACGUCCUGCAAUUUGGACGAAAAGAGAUAGCGACGAAACAAUGGACCUUACAGACUCCGCGUUCUACAACGGCCUCGGCUCUACUGAGGCAGAGAGGCGACAAGCGCUUGCGAAGCUCCGGACGCAGAGGAGCAGCUGGAGCGGAUACCUGUUUGCAGCACUACAGAAAGCAUUGCGUGACAUACGGUCGUACACAUUCGAUGUGGAUUUGGGAUGGACUCCAGCAAGGGUAAGUUCAUUUAUGCAGCAGAUUACAAUAAUAACGUGCUAUUUUCAAAAGCAGAGCAAGGAAGCAGCCAUCGAGGAUGAUGAGGCAUUUCAAUGUCGAAGCUCAACGUCUCCGGAACUGUAA